GUCCGGUUACUGUGCAUAAGCCAAAGCUUAUGCACCGUGCAUAAGCCCAAGAUAAUUGCUUAGCACACCCCGUCCAUUGCUUCGUACACCCCCAACAGAUCCCUUCCCUUCCAUUACACAAAACAAAUCGCUCUGUCCUCCUUGACCCUAACUCCGGCGCACUCGCCGGACUCAAAACCGGAGGAAUUCUCGUUGACAUGACCACAUCAGAUCCUUCACUCGCAGUCGAAAUUGCCGAUGCUGCAUCCUCCAAAAACUGCCACUCAAUCGACGCUCCAAUCUCUGGUGGAGACCGCGGCGCGAAAAACGGAACCCUAGCAAUCUUCGCUGGAGGAGAUGAAUCAAUCGUUAAAUUACUUUCUCCAUUGUUUUCAUCAUUGGGGAAGGUGAAUUACAUGGGUAGUAGCGGAAAAGGAGAAGGAGGCUUCGGAAGGGUAUACAAAGGAACAAUUAAAAACACAGAUCAAGUUGUUGCUGUGAAGCAACUUGACAGAAAUGGAUUUCAAGGAAAUAGAGAAUUUCUUGUAGAGGUUUUGAUUUUGAGUCUUUUGCAUCACCCUAACCUUGUCAAUUUAGUAGGGUAUUGUGCUGAAGGUGAUCAAAGGGUUUUGGUAUAUGAAUAUAUGCCAAAUGGUUCCUUAGAAGAUCACUUGCUUGGCUUGAUGCUACUUGCAUCUCUUGGAAGCGAAUGCGAGGAAACUAUGUUAAAACAAUUGAUGUUGUUGGAGUUUGGCAAGAGAACAAUGUUGUUGAAACUGAAAAGACCAUUGAAGCUCUUAAAAGAGUUGCAUAGUAAAUUUAGAAAAGUUCCCAGAAUUGAUGUUAUUCUUGUUGUAUAAAUUGUUGUAGACCUUUGGAUGUAUUUAUAUAUUUUAAGUUAUUUUAUGUGUCAUCUUGGGUAGAAAUUGUAAUAUCACCACAUACAUAUUGUAAAGAAUUUAGACCUAUAUUUGUGUACUAUCGAUUAAUGCAAUUAGAUUUCUAAUGAUUUUGCAAUAUCAUUUUUCUGGUUUCAA